AUGUACGCGAUAUCUACAGCUCUCUCAACGUAUACGGAACCAGUCGUACACGACAGCAGAAAGCUGUCUAUGGCCACAGAUCUCAUCAGUGACAGUCUGAGGCAGACUCUGCAGUGGAUCGUUUACUGUGUCAUAGGUCAAAGUAUCGUUGUGUUUGGUAUCGCAGCCAACAUCGUCAACAUCGUCUGUUUCGUGCGGCAGGGCUUUAGAGAGCCAAUCAACGUCAGUCUGCUAG